CACUGCUGCGUGGAAGUGCCCAGGAGUUCCGUUUGCGCCUAUAUAUGGACCGGAAGCCCAUGUUUUGCGUUCUAAGUCAAAGAUAUUAAUCAGGCAUCUUCAAAAAACUUGCGAACUCACGAUCUGGAAUUUGAGUCGACUCGGAAAUGGCAACAGGGACAGCUCCACCAAGAGGAAGUGCAGCAGCAGCUGCAAGCAUGAGGAGGAGGAGAACCACAAGCGGUGCGGCUUCAGGAGGGGCUGCCGGGACAAUGCUUCAAUUUUAUACAGAUGAUGCACCGGGGCUUAAGAUCUCUCCAAACGUUGUGCUUGUCAUGAGCAUUGGUUUCAUUGCUUUUGUAGCUAUUCUUCAUGUGAUGGGCAAGUUGUAUUUUGUUCGUAGGGAGGCUUGAAAAAUCAAGUUUCAAACUGCUAUUUUCGAUUUUGCUUUGAUAGAUUCAAUUUUAUCACUCUUUUCUUUAUAAUGCAAGUACAUUUUAAAUUUCAUUUUCUAAAUAUAAUAUUAUUUUUCAAGAUCA